GGCAAGUAUGUCUAUAUUGAGACAUCAAGUCCCAGAGUGCAAGGUGACAAAGCCUAUCUUGUCAGUCCCCAAGUCAACGGCACUCAAUGUUUGAAAUUUUUUUACCACAUGUACGGCGCUAGCAUAGGAUCUCUUAUCGUAUAUCAAAACAUGAGUAAUCGAUCGCGAGCGGUGGAGCUGUUCAAUAAAUCUGGUGAUCAAGGCAACCUGUGGGAGAAAGCUGAAGUACAAAUAAACAAUGGAAGCCAUUAUUUUGUAAGUAUAUACAACUUUGUCUUCCGAUAAGUAUUGGUAAAUACAGUAUAUUGAUCUGGUAUGAUCUCACUUUAAAGACCAUUCGGAAAGAAUUAUUAUUUUAUAAUCUGUCUUGAGUUAUUUGUGUGUCUUAUUAUAUGGCAAGCAUCACUUCCGGUGAAAUGGCGGACUGUGCCUUGCCUGAGAAGCACUUUCAGCGGCCAUUUAUAUUUCCCCGUAAUGGACCGAGGGUCCAUUACGUAAAAACAAAAGCAUGCAUUUUAAAACAAAACAGCAAAACCAAUUGAAAAUUUUAAUGUAAUUUGUUAUUAAUAAAAUAUCUGCGAAUGGUUAUUAGUGGAAAAGAAGGAAUACAUUGGUUAAUAUGUACCACGCUACUUUUUAUUAACCUUGCUUGCUCGGUAUGUACAGAGAAAUAUCGUACCUCGGUCUUUGAGACCUCGGUCCGAUAUUUCUCUAUACAUAUCUCUGUCACGUGUAUUAACACGUAUUCACGAAAGCAGUAAAUUAAGAUCUGGCGUCCGAAGUUGACGUUUGGCCACAGUUUGGCGCAUAAAUUUUAUGCUUGAACUACUACGAGGGCUUGUAGUCGUUAAAUCAUGAAAUUUAUACGCCAGACGUAAACUCCAAACGCUAAAUCGUAAUGUACUGCUUUGGUGAAUACAUGACUAGUGGUUAAUUUGUUUUCUUGAAUCAUUAAUUGUUAAAUUCCACAAGUUUUAAUAAUUGUUUAAAUUAAUAUAUUCCAAAACUGGCGUAAAAGCUGUUAUAAUAGAGUUCUAAAAUCAAAAACGUCGUUAGCGGUUUGACGUUUGCCGCGUAAACGUCAAUCAAAGGUCUCUAAUAACGAUGUUAGACUCUGGAAACGUUUUCACUAUGCGGGAUAUUUUUCGCAGGGAAAACGUCUCAAGCUGCAGCCAGAUUUAUUGUGCGAGACCUUAACUCUAUAAAGCUUAUCAUUUUAUAACACUAGGAUUAUAAUAUGAAGUCUUGUUCAACAAUCCCGCCCCCGCUCUAUAAAUCAUACUCUUGUGAUGAACGGUAAACAUUUAAAUUGAACAGAAUAUUAAAUUAAAACUCAAAAGUAACAUGUUGAGCAACAAAAAAUGUUAUGGUCUUUUAUUGCUUCAUCUGAAAGAGCAUGAAAAAAUAAGCCGAUUGGCCGUUUAAUGCUCUAUUCUAUCUCAUCUGGUUCCGAAGUUAUACGCAAAAAUGUGCAAGGUAUAAAUUGCUGAUUCAGCACAAUGUGUGACGUCAUAAGCUGGGUAAGUAUGUUUAUUGAAUAGUAAACUGAAGCAUAGCUCAGUUAUUAUUGGCUCAAAUCAAAUGAAAUUUUGCAUACAGAUAGUACAUGAUGAGAUGCAUGGGAAAAUACUUCUAAUUUUAUAAUAAAUUUUCAAGCUCGCCCGGUGUGGAUAUACACUCAGAGUAACACCACAAAUAUCAUAUUCACCUGAGUACACUACACCAACACAGAAAAAAAUUCAUAUUACUAGAAUACAUUGGUAUCGAAGGAACUAGAUUCUGUUCCGAAAUAUCACUUACUCGAACCGUAGGGAACUAGAUUCUGUUCCGAAAUAUCACUUACUCGAACCAAGAGCAUUGGGCUAGUAUUCCAAAGGUCGUAGGUUCGAAUCCCACCAUGGCCGGGCAUAUUUUUCAAGCUCGCCCGGUGUGGAUAUACACUCAGAGUAACACCACAAAUAUCAUAUUCACCUGAGUACACUACACCAACACAGAAAAAAAAAACUUCUAAUUUUGUUGUCAAGGCAACACAGUCGUCCCCAGGCCCCUUACACUGAUUUUGAAUAACUAGUUGCGUUUAUCUAUGUGUAUGUCAUUUUCGAAUUAUUAUCAUGCAAGUAAACUUUUGGCAUGCAUAGGUAUGGUACACUUACUUCAGAUAUUAUUGUAUUCUUAUCAGUACCAUGAAUAAAGCUGUUUUAUAAAAUUGGCGCAAAGGGACUGAGAACGACAUUGUUACCUUGGCAACAAAAUUAGAAGUGUUUUUCCAUACGUCUCAUCAUGUACAAUCAGUAUCCAAAUUUCAUUCGAUUUGGGCUCAUAAUAACUGAGCUAUGUUUCAGUGUAGUAUUCAAUAAACAUACUUUAACUUACCCAGCUAAUGACGUCACACUUUGUGCUGAAUCAGCAAUUUAUAUUUUGCACAUUUUUGCGUAUAACUUCGGAACCAGAUGAGAUAGAAUAGAGCAUUAAACGGCCAAUCGGCUUAUUUUUCACGCUCUUUCAGAUGAAACAAUAAAAUUUUUUGUUGCUCAUACCCUUUAAUUUUCACCUUAUCUACAUUUAAAACAUAUUGCAUUUUAUUAUCGUAAGCAGCCAGCAAAUGACGUAUACGGGAAAUUACGACGAUAAAAUAUCGUAUUUUAAAGCAUAGCAUAGUGAAUGUGGUGUUCAUAUGUGUAUUAACUAUAUUAUAUACAUGUUUGUUUAGGUUUUAUACUUUCAUUGAGUCGUAUCAAAAUACACUUAUUUCGUUUAGAAUUAUUGCAAAUGAAGAUAUAGCUAAUAGUAAAUACAACAAGUUUACUUGCCAAAAUUUUAAGAAUUUUGUCGUCAAAUCAAAACGAACAUUCUUAUAUAAUAUAAGGCCCGUUUACAGAUUUUAGGUGCGGCUUUUUUCUCCUCAUGUACGAGUGGAUGAGUUAGGAAUGUUUAGAUGAGGGUACAUAUAGGCUACUCACAACAUUCAUAUCUUCUUUACUUGUUCACAUGCAUCAAAAGAGAAAACUCGCAGUAGAAAUCACAAUGAAAACGGGCGAAAUUGCAAGUGUAAACGGGCCUUUAAAAAGCAGGAUACUAAAUUAUCUACAGGUACAGUAUAUUUGUUGCACAACAUUUGCGACAUGAUAUUAUAUGCAUAUGUCCAUGCAUAUUGUGCAAGGUUUAUAUUUAUAUGCAAAUAAAUGCUCGGCGUAUAAUGACUAAUAAGUAAUAUACCUCUGAUUUUCCAUCUGUUUCUUAUAUUUUUUUAAAAAACUUGAAUGUUUUUAAAGUAGGCAUUUACAGACGUAUAUAACUUUGAUCUGCAUGACUUUGAGUCGUGUAAUCGGGGCGGAUACUGGCGCGGAUAAAGUAACGCGGGUUGCGAUUUCCAGUAGCAGAAGAAAUAGAAGUGGAUAGCGGAAAAGAAAGAGGAUAUACUGCUAAAAGACAAUGCGUUUUCGUUUCUAAUUAAACCCGUUAAAGUAACUACGGCGAGCGUUAGGUGACUUUGGCACCUAUCUCUGGUAUUGUAUAGCCUUAUGAAACGACCUAUCGCAUAGAGUGUAUAAACGAAGUCUCCAUCAUGAUCUCUAUGAACGGUACUUCAUUUUAAUUUGUUUUUCAAAGGUUGUAUUCAGUGGAGUAAGAGGAAGUAAUUACCAAGGUGACAUUGCAUUGGAUGAGAUUUCAAUCACAUCUGGUCAAUGUUCAGGAUCUCCUGGCACACCAAAACCUCCAUCAGGAUCAUGUGGCCAGAAAGGACGUGGUCUGAGUGACUUCCCCAAAAUUGUCGGUGGUCAGGACGCCACACCAGGUGAAUGGCCAUGGCAAGUAGCACUUUUGCGAGGAACAUUCCCAUUCUGUGGUGGUUCGUUUGUUUCAAAUCAAUACGUUAUUACUGCUGCUCACUGCGUCAAAUCAACGGACUGGAAUAGCGUGACGGUAAUUAAAGCUCACGUAAUCCUACCUGGUCAAGUCCACUGGAACCCUGUUUGAAUAUUUCAUGAUGGUAUCCUAACUGUUUGUGCUAUUUUCCCCCUUGACCUUCAUAUGUCCCUUCACAGACCACCUACAAACGUCAAAUUUAUCUUAGCUGCCCUCUUUUCUUUUCCUCACACUGACCAUGAAUUUCCUCCUGGAUGCCUAUUUUGUUUGUUGUGUCUGAGAGUUAUCUCCAAAUUCCAUGUUUCCAAUAAUGGGUGUAUUAUAGUCCAAUAAAAUAAUUAUUACCACUUCUGGGUAUAAUUCCAGAUCAAUGAUAACACCGACUAACUGAGCCUUCGCAUCUUUUAUGUACAUUCUUCUUUUUCCAUUUUCAGUCACACUUUGUUCUACUAAUUUCCAAUUUUCAGAUCAGAAUAGGUGAGCAUGAUAUGGGCGUGAAUGAAGGACAUGAACAAGAUAUCAGUAUUGCAUCAAAUGGCAUUACAGUUCAUCCUCAGUACAACCAAACGGAUUUUGAUUAUGAUAUUGCAGUCAUCAGACUUUCCAGAAGUGUUCAGUUUACACAAAGGAUAAAGCCCGUCUGUAUAAACACUGGCAUUGAUUUCACUGGUAAAGUAUCGUUAUUUUUAGAGCAAUAGAAAGCCUAAAAAACGAGGUAUUAAAUGCUACCGCCAUUAUCAAUAUCAUGUUUAUCAUUAUCAACAGUCGUCGCCCUGAAUAGAUAAUCCCUUGCAUUUGGUUUGGGACGUCAAAAGUUUGAGGACUGGUUGUACAAAGGCCAGGCAUGCAGUACUAUCCACCGAUAUUUUUUCAAGCUUUCAAAAAUUGUCCGUUGAUUGGUCUAACCCUGAUUAAACUUCAGUAUAUAAAAAUUAAAGUUUCUUUUUAUUAGUUAUCAGGGCGAUAUCCGUAGUCUUAUCAAUCGUUUCAAUCACUUUUGCAACGGAAAAAAAUCACUAUUCCAGGCCCCCCGAAGACUAGAUUGUGUUGUUUUUGAAUUCAGGUCCGAAUUUUUCUACUCGUGAAAUGCCUAUUAAAUUAGCGAUAUCAAAUUAACCAAUGAAAGUGAACAGACAUUACUAUACCUACAUCACACAUGGCAAUUUGAUGGUAACCUCCCUAAGCAUCGAGCUCAUAAUGUCCUGAACGCUUCCUCCAAAACAAUGUUCAUAUGCAUGCAGAUAAAAUACCGAUAUUAUGUAUUUCUAUGUAGGUCAACGUUGUUACAUCUCUGGAUGGGGCAGACUGCAAAGUGGGGGAUCAAGGCCAGAUGUCUUACAGGAAGCUCAAGUUCCCAUUGUAACUCCACAAGAAUGCAAAAAAUCAUACGGCAGCUCGAGUAUUACUGAUAGAAUGCUGUGCGCUGGAUAUUCUCGAGGUGGUAUCGACACUUGCCAAGGCGACAGUGGAGGUAGGAUUCAAGAAUAGAUACGAGUUUUUUUCGAUUUUUUGUCGCAGUCAGAACGACAUGUUAGCAACCACUAUAGGUCAGCAACCACUUAGUGCAGUAAAAACCAGAUCGACUAAAACCACAGGAAGGAACUACUUCGGAAUGAAGAAUAAAUGCAUUUUUUCUAUAUGGCUUGAUUAAAACUUAAAAAUAACUUUAAAACAUGUACUACGGACUUCAUCUAGUUGUCCCAUAAAACUAUUGCCACCAGCAAGAUUGUGAACCUGCAAAGGUACAGGGUGCCACUAAUCAUUUAAAGGAAACCGUUUUUUAAACAAAUACAUGUUGUAUUAACCUGUUUUCCUUUCUCAGGUCCACUUGUUUGUCAACAUAGUAAUGGUUCAUGGUAUCUUACUGGUGUGACGAGCUGGGGUCGUGGGUGUGCAUCUGCCGGAUACUAUGGAGUUUAUGCUCAUGUUGCCAACCUUUACCCCUGGGUGAAGCAAGUUACAGGACUUUAAUUUUAAUAUACUACCAGUAGUUUGAUAGCAAUACUCAGUGAUUGUGAACAUGCAAAUGCAAUAGUGUAACCACAUAUUUUGUAUUCAUUAUAGUCUAGUUAAUAUUGUCUUAAUUUUUGUAUUAUUUACAUAAUCUCGUACUGUAACGAUGUAAAAACAUUGUGCUUUUAACAAAAGAUGCAUGGAUAUACCAUUGUCGUUCUAUUUACUAUAUUGUUAAGCCAAUGUAGAAAGGGAAAUUACAUACACCAUUAUUGUACAACAAUUAAAAACAAAUAUGAACAGAAAUGAAAAUCAUACUCUGAGUGGUGUAGCUCAGGAACGAGAUUUUACAUAUGUGGGCGUGGUAGCUGUCCAUGCUCAGCAAAACUGAUAAAAAUAGGUACGCUCGGCGUACAUGAAUCUACCAAUAGCAAUAAAUCGUUGCCCCACCCUACCCAGUAGUCGAUCGACAACUUUUAAAAGUGAAUGACCGCCAAGCACUAGUUAGUGUAGAACAUAAUCAGAAAAUAAUAUAUGCGUGCAUAAACAGGUCAUUGAUAUACCAGUAAUUUGCGCUAAAACGGUUAUUCCAGAUUAAAAUAUUUACAAUUCUAAUUGUAGGAUGAUACUUAGUUGCACACUUAACAAAUCUAUGGUAGUAAAAACCCACAGUAAUUGUAUCUUAUGCGUGCACAAUCCGAACGCGUUUUUCGCGUAACGAAUUCGUAC